AUGGCCUCGUUUCCAACACUGCCACUGCCGGAAGACAUACGACAGCGCCACAUCGACCUUACAACCGAACCCACAUGCGGGUUGAACAUAUUUGUCCUCGAAGCCGGAGAUGCAAGCCACCCCCUGAUUCUGCUGUUCCACGGAUACCCAGAACUAGCCUACACCUGGCGCAAGGUUCUCCUCCCACUCGCAUCAAAAGGCUUCCACGUUGUCGCCCCGGACUCGCGCGGUUAUGGGCGCACCACAGGCUGGGACACGAGCUCCUACGCCCACGUUGACCUGUCCAAAUUCACCCAGAUGCAGCUCAUUCUGGACAACAUCGCGCUCAUGAGGGCACUAGGUCAUGAAGAGGCAGCCCUCGUGGUUGGCCACGACUUUGGCGCGACGGCUGCGAGUGCCUGCAGCCUGACGAGGCCGGAUCUGUUCAAGGCUGCCGUCUUUGUGAGCCACGUUCCGACGGGGUCAGCCGAGAGGGGCCGAGAAGACAUCCAUACAGCACUUGCGCGCCGCGAGAGGCCUCUUAUGCAUUAUCAGUGGUACAACAGCACAGCUCGAGCGGCAGAGGACUGGAAAAAUCCCUCACAGGGUCUCAAGGCGUUUCUCCGAGGCUAUGUCCAUCUGAAAAGCCACGUCUGGAAGGGAAACGAGGUCGAUAUUGGCCCCUUGAGAGCUUGGAUAGCCGAUCAGCUCGCGCGCAUGCCAGGCUACUACAUCAUGCCACUGGGCGCAACGAUGCCCGAGGUAGUAGAGGCUGAUAUGAAGGACGAGGAUACGACGCUGACGGAGUCCUUCCUCAGCGAUGCAGAGCUCGACGUGUACGUGCAGGAGUUCACGCGGACGGGGUUCCAGGGCAUGUUGAACUGGUAUCGAAGCGCGACGAGCCCCCAGAAUGUCAACUCGCAGAUGGCCGUCUUUGCGGGCUUGAACUUUCAGGUACCAGUGACUUAUAUUGGUGGCGUGGCUGACUGGGGUAAUUACCAGCGUCCUGGUGCGCUUGAGGCGCUUCAGAGUGGCAAGACUGCGAGUGAUUAUAGGGGCACGAGGAUCUUGCCUGGUGCAGGCCACUGGCCUCAGGUUGAGCUUCCUAAUGCUUUGUGUGAUGAGAUUGUGAAGUUUUUGGCUGGCCAAUGA